AUGGCUGAGGAGAUUAGUGAGAUUUGUUCUAGACUCCGGAUUGAUGAUGAGGAAGACGUUGUUUUGGAUUUAGAAUCGUUGAACCCUAAUCCCGAACAAACAAAACUAUCGCUGCUUUUAUUAGGGCGAGUGUUAACGGAUCGAAAUUAUAACCUCGAUGCGUUUAAGAGGACAAUCACAAUGGUUUGGGCACCUGUACAUGGCUUGGUAAUCCGAGUCUUGAGCCCUAACCUUUACGCAUUCCAGUUUUUUCAUUGGAGAGAUUUGAUGAAGGUAAUGGACGGUCGUCCAUGGUGCUUUGACAAUAUGCUCGUCCUGUUGAAAGAGGCGGAUGGUGAAGAACAACCCGAUCAGGUAUCUAUCAUUCACUCCCCUUUUUGGGUUCGUUUAAAGAACCUCCCUUUCAAUUAUAGAUCAGAUGACAUCGUUAAGGCUUUGGUGGGGAACAUGGGCGAAAUCCUAGAAGUUGAGGAGGAUGUAUUGGGAAUAGGUAGAUACCGGCGAGUCCGGGUGAUGCUAGAUGUUACCAAACCCCUCCGGCGUUUUAGGAAAAUUAAAGAUAAGAAGGGGAGGGAACUGCAGAUUGAUUUCGCUUAUGAAAGAUUACCUUUCUUUUGCUUUGCUUGUGGUGUUAUGGGGCAUUCGGAACGAGAUUGCCAUGGUGUGCUUGAAGAAGACAAAAAGGAAACUCUUGGUUGGAGUACUGCAUUGAAAGCUACUCCUAGGAAGGGGCGCUCGAAGGAAGUCAUGGAGGAAGAGAAAUAUAGGAGGAGUAAGAAGAUUUUGUUUGGUGAAACUGAGGUGUUGAAACCAGUGCACAGUUUCCUUUGA